AUGGCAUCUGAGGGAAACUCGGGUACAUCUACCCCCAACACGCGCUUUACGACCCAGGCGAAGACGGCCGACGACAUCCUUUCGGCGCAAACCGUCGGACUUGUCCAACUUGAUGAUUUCAGAAAACGACGCGCAGAUGCUAUAGAUGCAAAGGAGCGAGAAACACUCGAGUCUGGCUGCGCUACUCCUGCAAGUGGUACAGACAGCCCGUACGUAUUUUUCCGCCCGCCCGAGAGACGGUGGCUAAGAAAACAAGUGCAGNNUGACCCGACGUUCAAGCCUUCCAAGAAGAAGCGUAAGACUGUCAAGAAGGGUGCCCUGUCGUUCGGAGACGAUGGUGAAGAUGACGGCCAGACUCAGAGCGACUCACUGAAGUCUCGCUCCAUCACACCCGCCGCCACGAAAGAGGAAAGCACACAAGAGGACGAACAAGCGGCACCCAUCAAGAAACGCCUCGCCGCGAACUCGAAUGUUGGCUUCAUGGCCAAGUCCAUGUCCAAGUCAGCUCUCCUGCGUGAGGCACAGACGCGGGAACAGCUUCGCAAAGAGUUUCUCGUCAUGCAAGAAGCAGUCAAGCAGACGGAAUUUCUGCUCCCGUUUGUCUUUUAUGACGGCACAAACAUCCCUGGUGGUCAAUGCCGCAUGAAGAAGGGAGACAUGGUCUGGCUCUUCCUCGAUCGUGCGAGAAAGGUGGGCGCCGAGGUUGGAGGCAGUGACAAGGCUCGACGCGAAUGGGCCCGCGUGGGCGUUGACGAUUUGAUGUUGGUAAAGGGCGAUAUCAUCAUCCCCCAUCACUACGAGUUCUACUAUUUCAUGGUCAACAAGACGAAUGGCUACAACGGACCGCUAUUCGCCCACUCUGCCGAGCCUACCGCAACCACUCCUGUGGACCCGUCGGCUUCGACUCCCAUGGGUGGUCUGUCCGUACCGACGGCAGCGUCAAAGACGCCAAAGACGCAGACGCCGUCAUCCGCAGUCCCUGAUGCGGACCUCGAGGGCUUCAGCUCAGACCCAAACUCGACAAAGGUCGUCGAUCGACGCUGGUACGAAAAGAACAAGCACAUCUUUCCUGCCAGCACAUGGGAAGACUUCGACCCAACAAAGGACUAUACCAAUCAUGUGCGCAAGGACGUGAAUGGCAAUGCCUUCUUCUUUUCGUCAUGA